AUGACUCCUCCAGUUAACGCACCCAACAAGCCUCACUGGAAGAAGCAACUCCAAGUGGCCUGGGUCAACGGAGUUCACAUUCAAACAGAAGUCAGCAUAAAGACCAGUUUCACUUGGACGCCUAGAAGUCUUAACUGCACGGUAAAAGACAAAAGAGACAAAGGCGCAGAGCAGACAAUGAGACACAAGAGAACCAUUCAAGUGGACACGUCAAAUUGCUACUUUACCACAAACUCGGAUACCUUCGAGCAAAAGUAUCGCCACAUUGGGACCCAGCUUUGGGGUCAAGGACCCUCGCUGAUUAAGGAUCUCAAAGAGGAUGUGGACAUCGCCAAGCACACGGUAGCCGCUGUUACAAAUAUCACCCUGGGAUUGAACAUCUGGGACGACAACGAAAAUCUCGUCACCAUGGACUUGGAGUUAGAUGACCCCGAAUCAGUGGAACGAACAAAGGAAGACUUGGAAAACCGAGUGUUCUUCUACCUGUACACCAGGGAAAACCCAAAGGACUUUGAACAAUUGAAAGUCGACGACAUCGACAUGUUGAAGAGGAGCAAGUUUGACGCGAGCAAACCAACGAAAUUCAUCACCCACGGAUGGAUCAACUCUUACAUGAGCAAAGCUUGCGUCGCCAUUCGUGAUGCUUUCCUCCAACACGGGGACUACAAUGUCAUCGUUGUUGACUGGUCAAGAAUAUCCAGCAAGCCAUAUCUUUGGGCAACCAGAAGAGUCGUAAUGAUCGGACAAUUAGUCGCCCGCAUGAUCGAUUUCCUCGUGUCGCAAGGACUGGAGCCAUCCAAGGUGACCGCCGUCGGCCACUCUCUUGGAGCCCACGUCGCUGGAUUGUCAGGCUACUACUCGGAGAACAAGAUAGAAUACAUUGUUGGCUUGGACCCAGCUCUCCCUCUCUUCCUUUUCAGCGGCGCUGGCGCCAGGAUCACCAGCGACGACGCCAGAUACGUGGAGAUCAUCCACACGAACGGCGGCGAGCUCGGUUUCGUCGCCGCAAUAGGUGACUCCGACUUCUACCCUAACGGUGGUAGCAUUCAAACAGGUUGCCCGUUAGGUGUCGUUGGCGCGUGCUCUCACUUACACGCGGUUGAGUACUUCGCCGAGUCCAUCAACAGUAAGACUGGUUUCUGGGCUGUGAGCUGCACCAACUUCAAAGACUUCGUGCUGGGUAAAUGCAACUCCCAGCCUAAAGCUCUCAUGGGUGGAGUCGAACCGAAAUUCGACGUCAUGGGCAUCUACUACCUGCGUACGCACAAGACAGGCCCAUUCGCUAUGGGAUUAUAA